UGGUGAAGGAAAUGUUGGUUAUUCGGAACUGAAGAUGCCAAAGGUCCCACACAAAGCUUCUUCGGAUACAUCCCAGGAACCCGAAGGACCAGGGCAAGCCAACUCCUCGUCCUGCAGAAAGAAAAUAAACACAGCAUAUGCACCAACUAAGCAACUUGAUAGGUUAUACAGCGAAAAAGUCAGUCUGGCAGAAACCUCUGGCCCAGAAACAAUUUAUUCUGAAAUUGGCCUCAACCAAGAUCUGAGCGGUAGGGUGUUCCCCGAGACCCAGAGUGGGCCGUCUCCUCUUCUUCUGCCGAAGAAAGCCACACUAGGCUCUCCGGCAUCAACUCCUCCAAGGUUGUCUCCCAAGUUACCUAAUAAACCCAAUGUGCCCCUGGAACCUCAAGGAUCAGAAACUCCAUUGGCAACAUCCACAACUUCUCUCAUGACUGACAAAGACUGUCAUAAGCCAAGCCAGGCCAAGAGUUUGUCUGGUUCCCCGAGGGAAACCCUUUAUGGGCAAGUCCACAAGUUAAAAUCCCAUCACUCCAUCGUCUCCUCUGACGACAACAAGAGCGAUACCUAUGAGCAGAUUCCUUUUGUGUGGACGAAGAUCAUCCCUCGUGAGCAGGAUCCGGAAAGGAUCCCCAAGUCUUUGCCCACCAAACCCAAAGACUUUCAUGAACCCAUCUCCGCCAAGACCGGGCGGUCCUUGAAGACCCAGGUUUAUGCUGAGAACCCUGAUGAGAGGAUCCCCAGCGAUCUACCCAAAGGUUCAUCAUCCUCCAGGAAUGUCCGCCUUGUGGAGAACACCUACGAGCAAAUUCACUUUGGCCCUGCAAAGGAGACAGAGGGAAAGGGGACGCAAAAGAGCGAAAAAACCAGAAGGUUUCUUUUUGCAGACCGGAAGAUUAAAUUCUGAGCGCUGUGUUUCAGAGGCUGUUUGCAGCCCUU